UCUAAAAACACUGAAGCAGCAAAGUUUGUGAAAACCAAUACUUGUGUCAUUCUCAAAACUUUUGGCUAUGACUAUAUAUGAUUACAUGUAGAAAGAAAAUAACAGAGCCUGGAUUCAAGUGUUUUCACCCCUUGCAUCUAAACAUAGAUGGUACAUUCUCAAUGACAAACAGUAGACUUGAUGGUAUGAUUCCUCAUUUUUAAUCUAAUUGCUCUUUCUAACAAUUUUCAAACUAAAUCAGAAGCUUUGCUUAUAAAGGUACAUCAAAUUUUCUGGUAGACUAGAAAGUCAAUUGAUGUGCAUGACACAUUAACACACAUUGUGAUACAGAUAUUUGAAACUAAAUGUAAGUAUCACUUAUUACCUGUACACCAUUCAGUCAUUUUUAGGCAGCUUGCAGAGCAUUGUGUGGGUAAAAGACUGAAUUAGAAACUAUCUGCAUUUUAAGGAAAUAUAGGGUACUCCCAAGCCAUCCAGGAGAGGGGAAUCCUUCAUUGUGUCCAGGGUCUCCUCAUAGCAGAUCAUGUCAAACAAUCUUCUCAAGGAAAUUUCCUUGCUGAACACUCAAAUCAUCACAAGUGGAAUGUUCCCAACCACCAUUCUGGUGGAGUAGCAGUGAUUGCUGUGAGGUCCUCCUGAACUGUUAGAAUAUUAAGUCUGUCAGUCCCACAUAAAAACCUAAAUGAUAGAUUAUACUGACAGUGCCUACUGCUUGUGACAUAAAUGUGCACAUACAUUAGUUUAAGUUGCAAAAGUGGAUGAUUUUUCCGGGACUUGGCUCCCUCUCCAAUGUAAUUAUAUGUUUAAUAGCUCAAGUACAGUCACUGUUGCACUACUCCAUUGAGCAUUAGUAGCUCAAGUAUAGUCACUAUUGCACUAUUCCAUUGAGCAAUCAAAUUAUCACCUCAAUCCUUAUUUGCGAACAAAAAACACAGUAUUAAACUUCUCCAUCAGUUGCAGCUGUCUCAGGUAGAAAGUGAGUUGUGGUUUUCUAAAUAAGAACCAUGAUUAUUUGAGACCUUUCUUGCAACUUCUCUGCUAUGUGCUAGAGACCGCACUUGAAUGAUGCCAGUAGCAUUAAGAAAAGAGAUUAAACUACUGGUUACACUGCAGACCUUUUGCUGUUUCUUGAUGUAUGCUGUCCAUGUUGGUUACAGACGGGGAAUCUAUGAUGCAUUUUCCAUGGACUUCCAUUGGUACUUUAGUAUAGUUGAAACUCAUUUGCAGAUGUUGGGGGCUAAAUACCUUUCAGCAUCUAAACAUGAAUCCCAACAUGAGGUCACAUUACCCAUUUCAAAACCACACUCUAUGCAGUUAUAAACUUUCUCCAGACAUACAAAGUACACUUUGACAUAAUUGACAAAACCUUCCUCCUCUAUGUGUCCAAGGUGAACAUUCAUGCCACUUUUCCACUAUUACCAUCUUUUGUUUCUAUGAAAUUAUGUUUCAAAGCUUCUUUAAACGAGCUUUCACAUUUCAGUGAUUUCUGCCUUGCCUUUAUAUUUGGAAUUUGUUGUAGCCUGUAAAAGCUGUAGUGGUGUUCAUAAGUUUUUUCUUUUACAAGUUACAGGUAGUGUUUUUAUGCAUGUGAUGAGCCUGAAGUCAAAGCAUUGCUUGGUAUUUAAUUUUUAAACUUGGGCUUCAUUUGUUUGAAUUUGUCUUGGGCAAUAUCUGCUUCUUAUGCAAAAUGUAAUAGCAAUUGUACUGAGUUGAAGACAAAAUAUUAGCAAUCAUUGUAUUUAAGGAAACAUGGAAACUUAAUUUUGUAAUGCAGCGUCAUACAGUAGAAUGUUAAAGAUUUUUGCAGAAAUUCGUCGUGUGUGGUGUUAAAAUGUACUGAGCAAAAACAAUGACAAACCAAGAGUUUAACAAACUGAAGUUGUUCAAUUAGCACCACAGUAAUGACCUCUGCAUCUGCUUUCUAGGGUAAGUAUACACACAUGACUGUCCUAAGUUUGAUGUACAGUAGUUGCUGUACGAGUAACUAAGAUUUCUUGCUUAAAAUAAAUACACAGGGUGCCGGCUUCCAUAUUGAUUAAGUGGAAAAGGAUCAUUAGUGCAUUUUUGAGUCCACAUUGCUCUUUCUGAUUUACAGGUUCAUUACAGGACAAAUUACUGUACUUCCUUUCAGUAGGAAAACAUGCCCUGCUGAGGCCUCCAUGUGAAUCUUGUAAUAAUAAAGAGUAUGACGGUAAUGGGCAGGGAAACCCAAGAAAGUAAGAGUAUGAAAUGGUUGGCAGCUGGUCUGUGAAUACAUAAUGAACACCUGCGUUUCAGUUUUUGCAGUUGACCCAGAAAAAGACUUUUUCGUUGAUUGAUUUUCUGAUCAGUUUGUUGGCAUAAUAAAUGCAAAAUUAAAAUUUAAUUUUUAUAUAUCUUUGCAUGAUGUACUUUACAUUGAAAAACGUACAGGUCUAAUAGAAAUGUAUGCACCACAUGUUGGAUGGAUGUCUUUAUGUUACACAACUAAUAAGAGAGGAACUGUUAGAGGGUUUGAUAAUGGAUGGAUGCUACAAACCAGCACUGCUCCAAGAACCUGUAUAGGACGAUGUCCUGAACGUGUGGGCCCUUCAGUAGCAAAACGAUGGAUGAAUGUUUUGUUGUUUUUUUUCUCUGAGACUUAAUUUCGAUACCUCAUAUUUCUCAUUUAAUGUAAUGUUUUUUUAAUUAGGAAAGUGUCUGCAGUGAGAACCUACAGGCACUAUGUCCAUCUAGGGACUAAGUGGGAGACCCAUGAUUCAGAGUUGCUUUGGUGCCUGUUGUGGCUGCAGGUUAGAACAUUAGAACACUCUAGACGAGAACAGGCCAUUCAGCCCAACAAAGCUCGCCAGUCCUAUCCACUUAUUUCUUCCAAAAAAACAUUGUUCUUUAAGUUGAUUCUAAUCGUAAGUACGCAUUUUCCCCUAUCUUUGUCUUGGUAUCAGUCUGAAUAUUAAAAAAAUAUUGUUUUUGAAUAUUGCAAGCAUUUAUAUGAAUAAUUUAGUAAUUAUAAUUUAUCAUUCGUCGGGAUUUUCAUUCCAGUAUUUCAGAUGUUUUGGUUAUUUAAACCAUGAUUUAUCGAACAGUGUAAUAAUCCAGUAGCUGCAGCCUGUUUCAUUUUAGGAUAUAAUUAAUGGGACACUAUCCACAAAAAAAAAUAUUUGCAGUGUUUAUAAAUGCAGAUUUCAUGUUGUUGCACUUUUACAAAUGUAGAACAAGAAAAAAAAAAACUAACAAUGAAAUCGUUUAAAGGGAAAUGACUCCCUGAUUAUGAAACAAGUUGGAACAAAAGCUGGCAGCCACAGUGGACCCCCGGAAUGAUCUUCAGGUUGUCAAUCUUUUAGAAUCCCGCCUACUACACAUUAAAGGAGUAUAUUUUGUUCACAUUAGGGCCUUUUUGAAAGUUCAAAGAACCAACUUCAGUAGCCCCUUAACAGAUUGGAUUUAUUUAUUGAUUGUACUUUGCCUUGUACUGCUUCGUCAAGCAAUAAUUCAUCGAGUAUCAAUACAAUCCAGUAAAAUGCAAUUACAGAGGCGUUAUUUUUAAAGAGUUUACGCCGCAGCUUUGAUACAGUGAAAAUUUGGGAUCCAACUCAAUUUAAAGGCAAACUUCUAAAGACGUUUGUUUAAAGAUCACGUUUUUUCUAGAAAAGCAAACCUAUGUGAGUGUUGCAUUUGCUCGGACCUCACUGAAGCUACAUGGACGUGCGCUCUUUGGCAAACACAAGAUGGCACUGAAGUGUAGGUACUCGGUAUAAACUUGUGUAGGGAGAUCUCGGAUGAAAUUGUUCGUUCUUUCUGCAAGAGAAUUAGUGACUCGUGGAGUCGAGAGCCUUUCUUAUUGCCAGUCCGUUCUCCCAGCCCCACAGACGUACUAUAUGAAAGCAGUUUAAACAAACUUAACAGGCUUAUCAAUACGUUACAUUGAUCAUCGGAAUCCGCAGCGGUGUGGCGGUUUUUUGCAGCCCCAAAUAAACAUUUACGAAUUCCUUCCCGGUCCGAAGCAAACUACCGGUAGCUGUGUGGGGAGUCCCCUAAUGGCUGGGUGAAUUUAUUUUUAGUUACUCGAGUGUCUUUGGCACUCACCGGUAAUGUAUGUUAGACGGAAGGUCCCUCAUGAAAAUACAUUAAUACUUAAGUUCAAAACGUAACUUGUUCGUACAUGUAACUACGAAGCCCCGGCGUUUUCAGUAUCCCAUAAAAUGCUUUAUAAUGCUCAACAUUCUGAUACCUUCUGUAGUAAUUUAUUUUAGUCUUUUAGUUUAAAAAGGGAAAACGCAAGGGGGCGCUUUUGUCCAAUAAAUCAGUGAAGGGUCAGUCCCGAAUAAUUCGUUUUUGCCCAGGACUGAAUGCUUAGCCUUAGAAAUGCUGGGUCCAACAAUGUGAUAUGCAUAAAAGUUUAAUUAUAGGAGACAGCAGUAGACAUACUGGACAUGAGAAUACACCAGUCUAAGGUGUUGAGACCUGGACGUCCCAUGCAGAAUAAAGCCACAUAAACCUACCCACACACUUCGUGUAAGCUCUUCAACGCGACAAAACUUAAAUACACUCCACUUAUCGCUCGUUCAGAGGAAAUAACGGGUAUGAAAACUUAGCCUCCCUGGGGGCGGAAGAAGAGUCGCUCAAAGUGCACUUCUGUCACUGGCUGAGUUCAGUGCGGCAAAAGAAAGUUUGAUUUGCGGAGGUGCAGCGCUAUGCUGUGUUGAAGUGACAAGACAACAGUGGAUAUCUGUCUGCCUUCACUUACACAAGAUAAUGGAGAAUAAGGCAUUGUGCCUUCGCUCAUACAGUGAGCAAGAAAAUGGAUCAAUCUAUGAGGAUGGACUAGAAGAAAUGAACUGCAGAAACCUGUCGAAACUGAAUCUGUGUGAAGAAAGUUCUUCCAACCGGAGAAGGAAUGAACAUAAUUGCUGUUCUCAUCUCAAUUCAAUAUCUGCAAUCAAGUACGCUAUUGUGGCUUUAUAUAUCCUUGUCACAUUCAGCAUCAUUGGUUUCCUGAUUACAGUAUCCAGGCCAGAGAUGUCAUCAGAGAGCUUCGCAACAUUAAAGGAGAAUGUUACACGUCUGAAUGAAAACUUCAGAGACUUAAAGAGUGCCCUGUCUCAGCUCUCUUUUAAGACAGAUGUAAUGGAGAACAUCUGGAAACUGGAAGGCCUAUUUCAGAACCAUACAGACACACUGCUACAGUUAAACCAGGUGGUUCAGAGACUUGAGGCAAAUGUCCAAACAGUGCAGACCACAUCAGAAAAAACUGCUAUGUCUGUAAUAGAAAUGGGGGAUAUCUUCAAGGGUAUGAACGAGACUACCAAGAGGAACUCCAAUCGAUUUGUGGAUGACUUAGAAAGGACAAGAUUCUCCAUGCAGGAACAUGAGAUAUUAUUAAAAAAUACAGCCAGUCAAGUCUAUGAACUCAAGGACAAAUUAGCUGAAGUGUGUGGAACCAUGAACUCAGUAAAUCGGACAUUCACUCAGGACAUUGGUACACAUCACAUAAAAAUUCAGGACCUCCAGCUGCAAAUAACUAAUGUUACAACAGAUACCACAGUGAUAAGACUGGCCCAAGUAAAAAUGGAAGAACAGUUAAAAAAUGAGGUAACCACGUUGAACACUGUCAUGGAAGACUUAAGACUUAAAGACUGGGAGCAAUCAAUAAUUCUGAAAAAUCUAACCUUAGCAGAGGGGCCUCCAGGACCAAAAGGUGACAAGGGAGACAAUGGACCCUUAGGGAUGACUGGUGCCCCUGGUUUACCUGGAUUGCGAGGAUUGCCAGGUGAGCGAGGGUACCCAGGACCUAAUGGAGCAAAGGGGAAUCCAGGCCUUGAUGGACUGCCAGGUCUAACUGGAGCUAAAGGAUCAAAAGGAGAAAAGGGAGACAAAGGAGACAAGGGAGACAGAGCAGAAAAAAGCAAAAAUGGUACCACCGAUGCUGUUGUAAGGUUGGUCAAUGGAUCAUCUCCCUAUGAAGGUCGAGUGGAGGUUUUUUAUGACAAGAGCUGGGGAACAGUAUGUGAUGAUGGCUGGGACAAAAAAGAUGGAGAUGUUAUCUGCAGAAUGUUGGGUUUCAAAGGAGCGAAAGAAGUUCAUAAAACUGCACGAUUUGGACAAGGAAAGGACUACAUUUGGAUGGAUGAUGUUGCCUGCAACGGAACAGAAAGCACAAUCGUUCAAUGCAGAUUUGCAGGCUGGGGGAAGACAAAUUGUGGACACGUGGAAGAUGCCGGCGUCACCUGCAAUCCAUAAUGAACAGAGGAUGACAGGACUAAUCUCUGAUUAAAACCAGUCAUACAUCAGAUUAAACAAGAAGUAUUUGGUUUUUUUGUGCUUCUUCAAAAGGUUACCCAUUUUUCUUUCAUUGUCCAGAAUAUGAUGACAGUUUUUUCAUGCAUUUUCAAGGAGUUUUUUUUUUUUUUAAUUGAUCGAUUACCAGAGCUUUCUAGUCUUCCUGCUUUGAUCCAUGUUAUGCAUUGAAAACUAUAUUUUGUUUAAUAGGCUUAUUUUUAUUUUCAAAUUAUAAAAAGUUACAUAAUUACUAGAUUUUCUUAAAAACAAAUUUAUUUGUAGUCCUUACUACAAUGCUGAAUAUUGGGACAACCUUGAUUAGCACCAAUUCAUAUAGAGAUCUAUAACUGUUUUUAUAAAUCCUCCUGGACAAUGUAUCAGCUCAGGGAAUAUACCUCGAGACAGACAUCAUGUCUGAGAUUCACAUAAAAAGACAUUAAAGACAGCUGAAGUACUUGGCUCGAAUGUCAAACAAGCAAGAAAGAAAGAAACGUACAGUAGGUAGGUUAUGGUGGCUCAUCUUCAAAUUUAUGCUGACCUCUUUACAACUUCUGCUUGGUAAGGAGUAAACUUGUCUGUUUUUUGAUCAAAGGUACCCAGGCCCAAGAAACAGCUUUUGAUAUUUUUUAUAAUAUUUCAGUGUGAUGGACAGGUUUCUGCAAUGUGCCCAAUGGCACAGUCCUUAGCGCCUUUGACUAAUCUGAAGUUUGUAUCUUACAAAAACAGCAUUAUGAUUGCAACAUUAAAAAGAUCAUUAGGGUUUAAGUAAGUGAAGUGAUUAUAAAAUUCCUUACAAAACUGAACUAGUUUUAAAGGCCAGUAAGAUUUUCAUUCAUGGAAAUUCAUCUCAACUCAUUUUCUGCAAUCACUUUUCCUGGUGAGGGUUAUGCUGGUAGCAGGCCAAGCUGGUCAGCUCAGACUUCCUUGUCACCUGCUACAGAUUCGAGCUCUUCCUCGGUGGAUGCUGCCCAUAGGUGUUGGUUGAAGUGGCCCCCCUUUCUCUAUGUAAAGCACUUUGAGUGUCUUGAAAAGCAAUAUAUGAAUGCAGUGUCUUCUUCUUUUGGGGAAUUUCCAGAUGAUCCUAAGACAAUCAAGAGAUUUAAUCUCUUCAGCGUGUCCUGGUCUGAGUGGUAGUGCUGCUGCUUUGCAGUAAGGAGACUGUGGAAGAUUGUGGGUUCGCUUCCCGGUUCCUCCCUGUGUG